CUUUCAGUUUUCUUUGUUUAUUUUCACAGAGCAGGGCUGGGUUUUGUUCUUUCACUUUGCCCUUCAGGACACACACUGACUGUCCUGUAGGUUCUCUCUCAGCACACUGUGGGAGUUUGGUGAGCUUGUGUACAGGGACUGGGGCCACACUUGGGAAAUGUAAAAUGAGCACUGGGAUUGCUCUGGAUCCGUAAUGGAAAAUGUGUGUUAGGAGAAGGGACUGUGGCUGAACUGCUGCUCUCUUGUGGAUCUGCAGGCUGGGCAGAGUGGUUGAAGGGUUUGUGAGAGCAGAGCAGGGAAUGCACAAAUCAGCCCCAGCAGGUCGAGCUUUGUCUGCUUCUCUUUGCAGAGGUCUAAACCCAGUAGAGAAGGUAAAGUCUGUGGCUGUAAUGAAUGGCAAUAAUUGUACCUUUUUCCUCUGGAGGUCACUUGAAAGGGCAGGGCAGGAGCUGAGGCAGAAGUUGUUGGGACCCUGACAGAGAGAGAGAAGCAGCAAAUGGAUUUGGAAAGUAUUGACCUUUCUGUGUUGGGAAGCUGGAGAAGGCCAUGAGAUGAGAGCCCUGCUCUUGCUGGGAGCUCCAUGGUCCAAGGCAGCUCCUGGGUUGCUCCCUGAGCCCUGGCCAGGCUCUGGGAGGAAGCCAGGAGGGGCUGAGCCCAGCUGUUCCCACCCUGGCAGUGCUGGGAGCCUGUGGAUGGCACCCAGGGGUGCCAGCUGGGCCCUGUCCCAGCCCAGGGGGAGCCUCUUUGCCUGCGGGUGGACGCACCCGUGGGAAUUCCCAGUUCUGGGAGGGGCUCUCAGUGCUGGGCUGGGACAGGGGCUCCCCAGCUGGGGCUCUGCAGGCUGGGGCAGCCUUAGGGGGUCCCUGGGGCUGGCUCUCAGUCCCUGUAGGGCUGGAGUCUCUGGUAGCAGUGAUGAGGGCAUGGCAGAGCUUGUCUGUUUGGAGUUCUGUGCUGCUUUGAGCUCUGGUAAAUGACACUCAAUUCCUGCAGCUGCUCUCUGCGUCCUUGCUGCUGCUCCUGCCCACUGGCCAAGCACUUCUUCUGUCCAAUAAACUUCCUGGGAACUUUGCUGCAUGGAAUAUUUACAGAAAUGUGAUCCUGUAAGUUUGAGAUGAAAUUUCUGCUUCUCUUUAGGUCUUGUAGGAAAGCAGGGCUGUAGUGUGGUGACUUGAGGGAGCUGUUCCCACAGCUGUUUGCAUCUGUGCUGUCCUGUGUGUCUUUGUUCUUCCUGCACUGCUGGAGGGGGCACUCAUUUAUUUGGGGUUUUCUUUUCCAUCCCUGUGGACACAGGUGAUUUAGGCUCAGCCUGAAGGAGAUUCCCCAUGGAGUUUGUGAUAGCUGCUGUUGGGUUUCCCUGGGCUGGUUUAUUUAAUUUUGCUUUCAUGCAAUAACCAGUUGAAAAUGAGUUUCUUCCAGGAUUUGGCAAGAAAAUGCUGAAGCAGAGUUCCCCUUCUUCUAUUGCUGAGAUGUUUCUGCUCCAAGUCCCUCAGUGCCUGAGGACUCCCAGGUGUUCCAAGGUGGCAGCAGCUGGAAAAUCCUGUUGUGUGUGAGGCAGCCAGUUGGGAAUGGUGCUGGGCUCUGGCUGUGGAAGGGCUGGGUGGGUGUGGGUCAGGGGAUGUGCAGUGAGAGCAGUGUGCUGCGGGGUGGGAAGGGCCUGUCUCUUGUGUCUGCCAGGGGCACUGGGAGAAAACCUGCCAUGUCCCCUGAGCUGCUUUGGUGUGUUGGAUCUCCUGUUUCCAUGGCUUUUCCCGAAGGGUGGGAAGAAGAAGCCAUUCCUCUGCUUUAGCUGAAAGUACACCUGGAAUUUUGCCCUCCUACAGAACUGCUGAGUUCUGUUGCUUUUCCUGGUUUGGGCAUACAGAGGAUGGGGGCAGAGGAUUUUGUCCCAUUUUGUGCCUCUCUGUUGUUUCAGCUCCUGCUCAGAAUAUGAACAGAGCCUUGUCUGCUCAAGGCCCCUGGCAGGCAGGGGACAAAGAAGGGACCCAGAACCUUUUGGCCUCCUGGCAGAGAGAGAAGCAGCCGAUGGUGCUGGGAGAGCUGCUGCGAGUCCCUGCUGGAGUCUGGUUUGGUGCUGUCCCUUUGUCCCCCUGCAGGCCCCACUGGAGCGUGUCCAGGCUGUGCCACGUCUGUCCCCAGCUGGGUGCAGGCGUUUGCCCUUGGCAGGGUGCCCUGGGGGCUGAGGGCUGCCCCUGCCCUGCUGCUGGCAGGGGAGGCAGGGCUGGCACAGGGCAGCUCCUGCACUCCUGGCUUCCACAGGCUCCCGUGGUUCUCUCCAGGCUGUUCCAGGCUGCUGCAGCGCUCGGCCAAAGCCCUGGAGCCCCUGGGCUGUGGAUGGGCACUGGCUCCAGACAAAGGCCACUUGUGGAGGGCCUGGCCCCGGGGGCAUUCCUGGAAGGAGGAGGGCCCUGGGGUGAGAGCUGUGACCCCUGAGGUUGGAGAGGAGCCUGGCAUGGCACAGAGAGACUUGGAGAAAGCGUUUUCCAGACUCACACUUGUGCUGAAAGGUAUGCAGCAGAGCUGAGUUUUGCAGAGAGGUGUGAAGGGUUUGUGAGAGCAGAGCAGGAAUGGAGAAAUCAGCUCCAGCAGGGCCCCUGGCACGUGUGGGACAAGAACUGACACAGAAUUUCCUGGGACCCUGGCAGAGAGAGAAGCAGCAAAUGGUGUUGGCAGAGUUUCUGUGAGUGCCCUUUUGGCCCUCCUCCAAGGAGCAGGAGGAGCCUGGAUUUGUGUCCCUGGGAUUGUCCCGACCUUCCAGACAAGGCCCAAGGUGUGUGUGCCCUGCUGAGCUGCUUUGUGCCCCAAAGCUCCCAGCCUGGAUGAGGCUGGCAGCCCUGGCAGACACGCAGGUUCCUGGUGAUUGUGCCCUGCUGGCUGUGGAGCCCCUGGGCUGAGGCAGAGACUGGGAAAUCUGUGGCCUUUCCUCAUACAGAGGGGGAAGAAAGUGAAGUCGUGGUCCCAACACUCAACCCCUCGUGGGAGGCAAAGCAGAGGCUUAUUUCAAAAACUCUGCAAAGGAAAAUGUCAACUGAAUUGGGUAUAAGCCUCAAAAACAGGGAAGAAAUGACCUGAAGCUGUUCUUGUCUCUGGCAGUUGCAGGGCAGGCUUGGAUCUGUGCUCCAGCUGUUGUGGGGGCAGAGCUGUCCUGCCCUUCCCAGCAGCCCUUCCUGUCUUGGGAAGUUGCUCCAUCCUGUGCUGGAGGGAGAGAUCUGGGUCGGUGCUGUGUUCUGCAUGCCUGGACUGGCCAAGGCUGCGGCUGUGGUUGUAAUAUUGCCCUGGAGAUCCUGGACAGGCACCCUGCAGUGAGGGCAGUGAUCUCUGAGGAUGGAGAGAGCCUGGGGCUGAGUUGAAGAGACUUGGAGAAAGCACUUUCCAGAGUGACACUUCUGCUGAAAGGUACCCUGGAGUGAGUGCAGUGACCCUGAGGAUGGAGAAGGGCUUGGGAUGAGGCCAAGAGACUGGGGGAAACCAUUUUGCAGAAUGACACUUGUGUGGACAGGGAUAAAAAGCCUCUGGGUUGGAAGUGAAGGUAUCGAUUGAUCAACCCGAUCUAUGGAUCCACCCUCCACCUUGUGCAGCCUGGGGAAGGAGCCCUGCCAGGGAGCGGAAUGGGAUUCUAAAGAUCCCACGUGUACUCUGGUCCAUCUUUUUCCCCUCUGGAUUCCACAUGCCCUGCUCUCUGGGUUUGUUCCUGUGUGAUCUGCUCUGGGAUUUCCUCCAUGCUGGGCUCUGCACAUGAUGUGAUGGAAAACACAUCCAUGCCAGGUUUUUGCCUGUUCUGGAUUAUGGCUGGCUCCUGGUCUAGGCUUUCCUCCAUCCAGGACAUCAGCUUGCCCCUCCCUCUGAAAUCCUGAGAAAAGACCCCUGUCCCCUGGGAUCGCUCUCUCUCCUGGGACACCAACCUGGAAUAAAGAUCUGCAGCUAAAGGGUAGAAGGCAAGGUUCUAGGCAAUACCAGCCACUCUCCUACCAAGACAAGAAAGAGCUGUGCAAGAUCUACUGAGUGGAUGGUUAUAACAGUUGACCUGUCUAACAUCUCACAGGACCUGACGGUUUACCACAUGGGAUUGGACAAGAAAACCUACCUCCCACUCAACCCUAUGAUGAACCCCAUCCAAGUUGUCAUCCUGCUAAUGCUGAAUAGUCUGGCAGCUGCAUGGAUCAUCCCUCAACCACGUCAGAACGUCUGGGUAACCCUGGCACAGACACUUCAGCAAGAAAACAUGUGUUUGUCCACUGCAGCAGCUAAGAAUCCUAUGUCUACCUGUCUGGUAGGAAUUCCUUUGCAGGCUGGAGAAUUUCCAGCAGGCUUGGACAAAUACAGGUCCAACGAAAUUCCAGAGGCACACACCCCACAACCACACAAAGAUCACCAAAAGCAAGGUGUGUUCGCCAUGAACCCCUUAGCGGAAUGGGUGCAGGGUUUGCCCAGGGUAGCUCAUGAACCCCAGGAGUUAGAACUAUUGGGUUCCUCCCCUGCCACAUACUGCAUCCAGUUCUCCAUCAUCCCAAAACCCCGUAACACUGACGAGUACCACCUUAUAAGGCAGUUCCGGGUAGAAUUUACUGCAAAGAGGUGGUGUCAUAAUAUAAGCCACAUUGCACCAGACAACCCAUCUCACUCCAAACCCAGAAGCCUCCCUAGAGGAUUGUUCUUGGUUUGUGGGGAUUGGGCAUGGGCAGGAAUUCCAUCCCGGCUUUUCGGAGGGCCAUGUACCAUAGGGCAAUUGUCCAUGUUGACACCCAACCAAACUUUAAUUCGUGAAUGGACACACAAAAACAAAUCGGCUGACAAAAUUCAAAAAAGGAGUGCUGACAAUUUGGACCCAAAUUGUAAUUCAGACAUUUUUCAUUGGGCAAAGUCAAAAAGAGUUGCUGUAUCCCUGUUUCUUCCGUGGGUAGCAGCAGCCAAAGCUCUAGGUGAACUGGGCCACCUAGAGUGCUGGGUGGUCAAGCAAGCUAAUUUAACAUCCAUCGCCAUCAGCUCCCUCCUAGAAGACGAGGAGAUUACCAGACAGGCCACGAUCCAGAACCGUGCUGCUAUCGAUUAUCUUUUGCUGUUGCAUGGACAUGAAUGCCAGGAAUUUGAAGGACUCUGUUGCAUGAAUCUGUCCUCAAAGGCUCCAAACAUCCAUGCUGCCCUCCGAAGCAUGAACAACAUGAUCGGACAAGUGAAGCAAGAAUCAGAAGAUUGGAUCAAGGAACUGUUCAAGGGCUGGGGAUUCACUGGGUGGUGGACUUCUGUAGUCAAAACAAUUUUGUUACUUUUUGUUAUCCUUUUCCUUGUAACCAUAGCAUUCGGGAUCCUACGCUGUUUGAUUUUCAAGGCUAUUAAUGGCCUCAUAUCUUCUACCUCAGAAGUCAACCAUAUAGAGUUGGCAAAUCUAAAGCGAUCUGGUCUCCCUACCAACCAUAAGUGGUGGGAAAACCCACACUCCGUGUCAAACAGAAUUUGAGAAUUUCUCUCUGUAUCUUUUUAAACAAAAAAAGGAGGAGAUGUUACAUCUCCCUGGGGAAAUGGUUUCUUCUCCCUCAGGGACCCCUGGAACUCCUGUCAUGUAGUCUGACCCUUCCUUCCCCUUCUGACCCCAUUGGCUGUGUGCCAGCUUGCCCCUCCCUCUGAAAUCCUGAGAAAAGACCCCUGUCCCCCGGGAUCACUCUCUCUCCUGGGACACCAACCUGGAAUAAAGAUCUGCAGCUAAAAGGGUGAGAGCCUCUUUUGAAUCCUUU